AUGGAUAAUGCAAACUUGUGGACUCGCAGAGCUAACUCCGCCAAAUUGUCUCUGUCUAUGACGGGAACUGACGGAAAGGACGGUGGCGCAAGAGUUGACCUCCCCCGCGGUCAUACAACGAAGCGUUUCGGUCCAGAUAGCUCGCACGGUGGCCGAUCGAAUCCCUUCAACGCAUUAUCCCCCAUCUCGGGUGGCGUGUCCUCCCCGUCGACGAACGCUUCCUCCGCAUUCGGUCUGGGUUCCGGUGCAUUCGCAUCCUUCGGUACCCCCAAGACGCCUGGGACCAGUGCCUCGGACCUGAAUUCUUCCAAAGCGCCUGGUGAAAAACGGGAGGCUGGUUCGGAGUUGGACUCGGUUGCGGAGAUCAAGACCAAGGCUCCUGUCUCUGGUCCCCGGGAUCAUGCCUUGAAGUCCACUUGGGUGAUCUGGUACCGUCCGCCGACCCCGAAAUAUUCGGACUAUGAGAAGUCCACUGUCCCGCUUGCAUCUAUAUCCUCGGUGGAGAGCUUCUGGUCGAUAUACUCCCAUCUCAAGCGCCCUUCUCUCCUCCCCACCGUGUCUGACUAUCACAUCUUCAAGAAAGGCAUUCGUCCUGUAUGGGAGGAUGAUGCCAACAAGAAGGGCGGAAAGUGGAUCGUCCGGUUGAAGAAGGGAGUGGCUGACCGGUAUUGGGAGGAUCUUCUGUUGGCCAUGGUCGGUGAUCAGUUCGCCGAGGCUGGGGAUGAAGUCUGUGGCGCCGUACUUAGUGUUCGGAGCGGCGAGGAUGUUUUGAGUGUCUGGACCCGGAUCGACGGAGGGCGCAACAUCAAGAUCAGGGAAACGAUCAAACGCCUGCUUGCCUUCCCGGCGGACACCAACAUCGUAUGGAAGAGCCACGAUGAUAGCAUUGCUCAGCGCUCCGCAAUCGACCAGGCCCGCCAGGAUAAGGCUUCCGGGAAUACCGGUCACCAUCACCACCUCGGAGGGGAUCGACGAAGAAAUAUGCCAAAUGACGACUCUAUUGGAGACAAGGGAAAAGGAACGGCGUCUUGA